CUUCAGCAAUAAUUUAUAAUAUUAUUUUUAAAAUGAAGACCUAUAUCGUCGUGUUGUUGGCCCUAAUGAUGUUCACUUAUCAUGUUGAGGGUGCAUCCCAGGCUAAUUUUGUGAAGUCCAAGAUCUAUGGAAACAAACUAGUCAGUUUGACUGAUGCAAGAAGUAUUAUUGUUGAAUUCGGAUUAGGAUUGGUACAAGGUCUACAGGAAGACCCAGAGCAAGAAAUGUCAAUCUGCCAGAGAGAUGUUCUUAAACUUGGAACAAUUUAUGACGAUGCUUGGAGACUUAUCGAUCAUUUGAAAAACAAAGGUUUUGACUUCCUCCAGAUUAUGUCCUUCGUCAAUAGUGCUUACAGAAUUGUCAUGGACAUCGAAGAAGACUGCCACGUCCUAGGACUUUUCGAGACCGUGACCUCUCUCCUUUACCCAUGGACCUUGCUUGUAAAAUUGAUCCAGGUCGUCCUUAGAUCAUACAUCAUUCUCCCAGCCCUCGUCAGAUUUGGAUUGGCAAUCGUUUGGCAAAGAGAUGCCAGAGCCGCUGGAUUUGAAUUUGGAUUCCUUCUCAAGAAUAUUCUUGAUUACUCAAUCAAGUUCUAAAGAUAACUCAGUUUCUGCAUAAUAGGUUAUCCCUACAUCUUAAUUUUUUG